AUGUCAAGCUCAUUUGAUUCAAAGGAAUUUAAUUCUUUUCCUAUAUAUGUUUACUUUUCAUUGGACAAGGACAUUAACACACCUGAAUAUGUCAAUCCUGCAUGGGAACAUGGAGGAAAAGAGAAAUUGCUAGAAGCAUUUAGAAAGGAAUACAAAGAUGAUUUGUGUAAUCCCGAUCUAGACACUGAACCAAAUAUGUAUGGUCAGAUAUUAGAACUUGAACACAAGAUAGUAGAGAGAUUUCAUAGAUCUCAUGAAUGGUUAUUAGCAUAUGCCAUCUCUUCUAAAACCUUUAAUCCAUGCAAGUUUACACAUGAAACCAAAUCAAUCUAUUUGCAAACAAAAGAUGAAUAUUCAACCUACAAAAGAAGAUUAGAUGAUCCAAACAUUACUUCAAAUGGUUUAGUUCAAAAGCAACCCUCUACUUUUACAAUAGUUUACCAAUAUGAUGACAUUAAAAAUGCAGAACUGAUACCAGUAUUUAUGGGUAUAGUACAAGCAAAUGAAACUAUUCAACAAGUUGUAAUAAGAACAUCAUCAUUUGAAAAUGGAUUGUUGGAGAUUGUUGAAUAUGAUUUGAGAUAUAUCAAAGUACAAAAAUUAUCACUUAAAUAUCAAGCUAAUAAUAUAACAGUACCAAGUAUAACAUUGGCACCUUUAAUUGUAAAUAUGAAAACAAUUACUAUCAAUCCAAAGACAGAAGUGAUAAAGAGUUUUAAUUCUUCUACACUGGAUUUCAAAUUUCCUCUUCGUACUAUUAAAUCACCUGCCAAUAAUGCAUUGGUCAAUGAAACAUAUGAUAGUGAUUUACAUGUUACGCAAUUAUACGUUCAGAUAGAAGAGGGUAUUGAGGCGUAUCGAAGACUUUCAGUUAGACAAGGACUUGGAUUCACAGUCCAACUUUUAAAAAAACUUAUUGCAGAAAGGAUUGGUAUAGACAAUAAUAAUAUUGAUUCAUUAUUUAUGCAUGAUAAUCCUCAUGAUCCAAUCACCGAUAAAACUAUAAUAUUUAAUCAUUCAAGAAUAAAUAUAUCUUUAAAAUAA